AUGCUUGGAGGGCUCGCAGAGCAGGCUGGACAGCUGCUAGACUGGGCAGGUUCAGUCAGGGGUCUCUCACCCCACACAGGGGGCUGAGUUGGGUGACCCUGUGGGGGCCGUUCCUACCCUGUGCUCUUGUGGCCCUUGGGGCAUUCCCUUGGCCUACCUGCAGUGCUCUGGCUCUGCCUGCAAGAGGGCUGGGAGCUCAAGGCACCAGUGAGUCCAAGCCCCGGCCCUUGUGGAGCGCUUAGCCUGGCUGAGGCUUGUGGGCUUCUGUGAGGGGGAUAAUGGGGGGGUUCAGUCUUGUCUGCAUCAUCAGGGCAUUGUCUCCUCGCGCAGCCAGGCCAUAGUAGGCCCUGCCCCACCUCCCCUUGGAGACUUCAGCUUUCCGUGGUGAGGAGUGGGUGUCACUGCCCACUGCCAUUGCCUCACCCCAGCCCAGAUCGCCCAGGGCAGCCCCUUGCCCCAUACUGAGCGUGAGCAGCCGCCUAUGCAGGCUGGUGCCACUGUUCCCUUGCCCCUCCCCCAUCCCCCUCUGCCUCCCUUGGGAUUGCAUUUAUUUUCUGGCUGCUGGUCCUGGGGCUCCAGACAGGCACAGAGGGUGGAGGAUGCUCCUGCUCCUGGUGCUCUUCACACAGGGGUGGAGCCUCCCACCCCCUGCUGCCAUCACCCACCUACCCACAGCUGUGGGAGCCCAGCCCUGGCCCAGGAGGCUGCCACAGGGCUGGGGGAGAGGGACGGUCCCUUUCCCUAGCAUAUGCUGCAGAGUGCAGGAGCCAGGACGAGGUAGGGGUCCUUUGCUUGAGUACAGCCUGGCUCUGGCCUGCCCUGCCCGACCUUGCUGCUGUGGGGGUGGCUGGUAUGGGAAGAGAUGGGUAGUACAGCUGGUCUCUCAACAAGGCAACCAUUGGAGCCCCAGAGGGGCUUCAGAGGUGGCCUAUGGCUUCUUGCUUGAGCUCAUUGUCUGGUUCUUCCUUGCCCACCUGUGGUUACUGAACUCUGCCUGGUGCUCGAUCAGGUGAGAGAGCUUGGCAGGCUUUGAGACCCAAACUAAAGAAGCCAGAGCCCAGGACUGGAAGGGCCAGGGUCACUCACUCUGAGUGGCCUACCUGCACCAUUACAGCUUGAGUCCCUAAUGCUCAGCCAGAGUGAUGCAGCUGCCAGAUCCUUUGCAGGGUGAGAUGGGAGGAGAUACACAAAGUGUGAGAAAAUCAGCAGGUAAGUACAGGCUCAGGCUCGUUGCUGCCUGGCUGAUCCCCCAUCCCCAUUGCCUGGUCCCUCUGCAAGGACGUAUCACAGAGAAGUUGGGCUGGAAGGGACCUCCUGAGGUCACCUAGUCCAACCUCCUGCCUCAGGUAGGAUCAUCUCUAUCCAAACCAUCCCAUACAAACCAUCAUCUUAAACUCUACUUAAGACUACCGCCAACCCUGACACAAUGCAGACCUAACACCCUAACCUGUCAAAGGUGAAGCAGGGAACCACAGCAGCCAACCGCCUGUUUCUAUGAAGUGUCAGUAUAGCCUCAAGAGAUCUGGGCCAGGGGGCCACACCCCCCGCUAUAGAGGAAGGUAAAACCCCCACAGUCUGGACCAGUCUGACCAUGGGGUAAAAUUCCUUUCUGACCCCAAAUAUGGUCGUCGUUCUGACCUUAAGCAAAGAAACAAGACCCUUUAGCCAGGAACCUCCAGCUUUGGUCCCUUACCAGGGGCACUGGCAAGUACUACAAUAUAUAAGCACUGUGGUCCUAGGUAAGCACUGUAAUGUAUAAAUCAGUUGCCUCUAAUUCACACGAGUUAUGGAGGGGUGCCUCAAGUCCAAUUAGGUUGAAAACCAUCUGUCUAAGUAAAAGAACAGUUGUGGAAAUGUUGCAACCUCCAGCUAUCCUGUUGCUGGGCAAUGUAGCAGAGAACUGGAAGGUGUGCAGGCAAAGGUCUGAGUGGUACCAAGUAGUCACAAGGGAAGAAGACAAAAGCGAUAAAGUCAAAUCCUCAAUCUUGUUGCAUGUCAUGGAGGAGCACACCUUAACACUUUCAGUGGGCCAAAAUAUACAUUUGAGCAGAAGGCUGUCCAAAUUUAAAGAUUAUUACAUGCCUAAAAGAAUGAGAUCCUUGAAAGAUACGGACUUUUUUCUAUGUGCAAACAAGGAGAAAUACAUAGUACGCUUCUUGAUUUUUUGAAGGGAAGCCUGAAGGAAAAAUAAAAUCUUCAACUGAGGUAGGUGAAUGGCAGCAGCUAAGUAGCAGAGCCUGGUCCCGCACCUGCUGUGAGCCCUGUGUGCUGGUUGGGUCUGUAGACCAACCCAGAGGUGUGGGGUCAAGGACGGCAGGCUGAGUCUGACUCCAUGCAGAGUCGUUCCCGGUUGUCUGAGUCUGGAGUCACACACUGAAGGGGGCAGGAAACCUUGUAUUGGAUUCGAGUAAAUAUGGCAGUCAUUAGAGUGGAAGCAAGGCCUUGACUGGCUACAUGUUAGAGGUGAUGCCAGCUGGCACAUUUCUGUGACCCUCACUGUGAAGUGGGUGGCACAUAGCUUUGUUCUCAAGUAAUACACCGCCUCAUGUCCAGUCUGCCUCGCUCUGGGUAGUACUCAUCCUUAAAUAAGGAACUGGGUUCAGAUCACCUGCAUGUGAGGGGAUACAUGUAGAGGCAUUGUCACUGACUUGUCCCCUCAGCCGCACCCCAAAGAAGAGACAAGUACAUGCCAUUACUAAGCCAUUACACCUUUUCUGAGCAAACCCUGCACAUACUGAACCAUUUCUGGUUUCUAUUCCCAGGAGGAGUAAAAAUGUUACCACCUCUAAAAACAAGCGUGGAGAAGCCAGAGGAAGAGGGGGAUCCACGGGAGGAAAUUCUUGCACCUGCAGCCCUGAAUGGGCUCUAUGUGGGAUUGAUUUUCCCUUACAUCAGAACCUGGUUCUGAGCUGGUGGCAUUGUGGCUGGGCAGAUUCAGCACAAACAGCAGGAGGAGGAAUCCAAACCAACUGCAUCCCCUUGAAAAGCCCCUGCACUGAUCUGCCAUCAUCCCCUCAGGAUUUUGUUUAUGAAGCUAAUUCCUCCGUGACACCUCUGGCUCCAGGAACCACCCAAUGGACUGACACAUGACUUGGGGUCCCCACAUCUCUAUAACCCACAGCAAAGACGAGAGGGUCAGAGCCUAAAGCUAAAGGAAAAAUAGGUAAUUCUAUGUUAGUGCAUAAUGUAAUUCAUUGGGGGCCAAGCUUUUUGGUAGAUGUGCUACAAGGUAAGCCUUGCACCCUUCCAGGGGCCACUGUGAUCCCUUUCCCCUGCCUGAUCUGUUGCUUUGAUAUCCGUUCCCUACCUUAUGCUCCACACUCAGUCUGUUGCUGUUUUCUGCUUCCUGCUCUAUCGCUGCUGUGUUCCCCCCCCCCGAUCUAUCAUAUGCCACACAGGCUGCCUGUGCCACUUGUAGCACCUGUUCUGCAAGCUAGCCACCCCUGACUUAGUAUAUAUAAACAUUCAAAAUAAAUCCCUUGUGGCUAAGGAGAGAAUCCCACUUCUUGGGUGGCUGCUCUAACCAUGAAGUUAUUAUACAGAAACACAAGCAUGUUUAGAACUGAAGGUAACUGUGGCUGCAGGAUUCAAUCCUUGGAUUCAGCCUGUGCUGGACUCCAUUUCCCAGCACCCCAGCCUAUGCCACUGCACAUGGUUUCCAUGGAGCCCCAGGAAGGAUGGGCCCAGGGUUUCCCCAGGCAGGAGCAUGCAGGCAGCAUGCUGUGCCCCAGUUCUGGACCCCUCUGUCACUGCCACAAAAUCCCAGCCCCAGCCCUACAGCAGUUCCCCAGGGGCUGCUAGGAAAUGGAGUCCGGCUACCAGCCAGAUCCAUCAGUUUGCUCACCCCUGAUCAACCCCAUCUGGGGCUUUAGGUACCUCCCUACCCCUCUUUUGGAUCAUAAUAGAGAUUAGGUAGAAGUUAGACACAUCUGAAAAUUCUCCAUAUAGAGUUCACAUGAGACAAUACAGUUUCAGAUAAACCGGAGCAAUUUAUAAUAUAGACUAGUCCCAGGAAUCUGCAAAAAAAAAAAAAAAAAGCCAUGUGUUUACCAAACAUGCCAGUCAGUGUGCACAUCUACACAUACUAUUAAUGCACUUUAAGCUUACUGUGCAGUAAAAUAAGGCACAAUAAGCUUUGCCUGGGAGCAUGUCUACACAUGCACCCAUCGGGCAUAUCCAGACACAUGCAGUAGGCGACAAAGGUGAAAGUAUUAUUAGGCAGUGCUGGGUUAAGAAAAAGUAAGUGUGAAAAGCAAGACUGGUAAUUUGAAGUAAUAGCCUAUUAUUUAUCCUUUAUUUAAAGAUAAAGCAGCUGCAGUCAAGCAUGCCAUAUCUGCUCUAGUACCCAAAAUAUUUCUCAAUGGGCACAUCUACAGGUGCAUUAAUGCACUUUUCCUAAUGUGCAUUACAUUUAGUGCCUCCAAUGUAAGGUACUAAAUAAAUGCAUAUUAGGCUGCCCUAAUGCAUAGUACUGAAAGCGCACAUUUUUAAAGUGAUGCUUAAUGCGCAGUAGCCUAUUUUACUAUCCCUCUGAGUACUGUGACACACGUUACAUUUAACAUGUUAUAAUUAGAUCAUAGUGUCACAACCCAAGGGUGUGAUUUUUGUUUGUGCGCGCUUUGGCACUGCUGAAUUAUUUCCUGCCACUUGUAGCUUUCUUUGCAGGGUGCAUUUCUUCGUUGCAACACAGAAAUGCACGUUGCAAGGAGUUCCCGCCAUUUGUAUUCAGAUUUGUGCCCCACUAUUGGUCAGUUCUAAAUUAUUCCUACAUGGUGGCUAGCGAUUGGCUUGCUAGCCGUAUAAGAGGCUUGAGUGGUUUCCGCCCAAGUUGGAGGACUCCACGACCAUCAGGAGGAGGAGAACUUCACGUCUCGCGAAGAUCUCUAAGCGCUGCGGAGCCUAUCGGACCCAGCGUGUAUCUCAAGAAGGCUAUAGGGGUCUGAUCAACCUCUCACCUCUCCCCGUCGCCGCCUGAUCCCUCGACGUACCCUUCCCUGUGCGCAAAGUUCCACGGAGCCUAGCAAACUUCGUGUGAGUGAAUCCAGAGCUCUACCUGGGGUUCGAGUCCUGCAGUUUUUUUUCUUCCCAUCACCGAAACUCCAUUGCGACGUACUCCUGAGGUUUUUGUUCAUCUCCCGUCACCGAAACCCCAUUGUGACGUACCCUUACGUUCUGCAGGUUCGAGUUUUUUCUUUUGUUUUGUAACCGCAACUCAAGCAAGUUUUCCUGCCUGCACCGUGACCAUCUUCAGUGUAAGUAAAAUAAUCUUAAAUCAACCACUAAGCAUCCGUGCCUAAUUCUAGCAUGCCGCCUGUCUUCCCCGACCCGGCAUGUCCGGGCUGCUGGCCACAGCCCGCCGCGCAAAAAAAGGGCCUCAGACUGCUCCCGGCCCGCACAUGGCGACGAGGAUGGGAUCCAGGGAAAGCACGCUGGAGCUAGAAUUAGUUAAGAACUGCCCUUGGCGCAGUGGAAAACGCCAAGUAGAAAACUUUAUGGAACUGGAGGCGCAUAUCGCUUACCACCAGGUGGGAGGAACGGGUGAGAGAUUUAUCAGCGGACGUCUUUCGCUGAAGGGAGAAGAGGGAGCUUCCGAAGACGGAGCCCAGAAAGAGAGGGAAGUGUAUCUGCACCCCACGGCAUUCGGGUGUAUAAUGAGCAAUGAGCGGGUCCUGUUCAGGCCCCUCGACACUGUGUCCCUCGCCAGAGUCAACCCGGCGGGCGAAGUAAACCCGACCCUCACCCAGGAGUGUGCCCGUUGCCUAAGAUGUGCUCGGGAGAGUGAAGAACCGGUGCCGAUCGACCGGUUCGCCCCCUUUAUGCUGGCGUCUAGACUAAGGGGUCACGAGCUUCCAUCCGAGCUGCGCGAAGAUCUGGAGAUGGAGGAACGUGCCGCGGAUGAGAGGGUGGCCCCACAAUACGACAAAGGGGGAGUGUUAACUGCAACUUUUCGUACUGUAACCGAUCUAAUGCAUAAGAAUUUAAGUUUGAAAGCCCAGCUGCGUAUGGCCGUUCGAGCGGUCAAAGCAGCGGGUGAGAAAGAGAAUCCUGAAACGCCACACCAAGAUGGUGCCGAGCAAGAGGGAGACCGCGUGGAAGAACCGAAAGAGAAGGGUGGAGCUUCGGAGGAACCCGUGAGAGUUUGGUCAGCGACUCCGCCCACUGAUGCAGCGUCAUUUCCGGCGAUCCCGCCCACUGAUGCAGCGUUGCUUUCGGCGACCACGCCUUCUUGCCGACGGAGGGGAGAAUCGAGCGGAGGAGCACAUCCGCCCCUCCUGCCUGAAGCAAUAACAGCAUCAAUGACUCCCGCAGCAGUAGUCCAGCCUGUAACAACAACUAACCAAGUUGCUACUACCUAUUACACUCGCACCAGAACUGAACUACAGGAUUUGUGCAGAGAAUCAAGAAUCCAACCUGAAGAAACUCUAGCUGUAUGGUUGGGACGUUUGGUCGUGGAACUUGGAUCCGACCUGCUGAACCAGGAAGAAGCAAGCUUCUUGGUCAGACAAGCUUCGUGGAGUAGAGGACAUGUCACUGACAUCGACAUGGUAGCGGUUAACGUUCACUGGCCUAUUCCACUGCCAGUGCUUGUUGCAGGACUGGUCGGUCAGAAAGCCCAUGUAUGGCAUGACGGACGGCCAGAACAUACUGGCGCAGAACAUCUCAUGCUAGGAAUCAUCGGAGUCUCAUACUGUGUCUGGAACCCCAGAGCAUGUGCGCUGGGAUUGACAUCACUCCAGCGAAUAAGACCAUGGCCUCACCAUCAUCUAUGAGAUCCUGGAACCGUUCCAGUGACCAUUCACAGCAUAGAUAGUUGUCUUGAGGUUUAUGGGUGAAAGAACAUCAUCGUCUUCUAGAUUCUGCUCAACCCAAUGGUGAACCAACCUGUGAGUAACCUCCUUCGUCAGUUGUCACGACUGCGUAUCCUGAUGGAGACAAGAUUGUCUAGUUAUCGGGAACGUCGACACCCGACCAAGAUUCAAGGCGCAAGACAUCAUGAAUCCGACCUUCCAUCAUUGCCACAGAGAACACCAGAGGAGCGAUACAUGUUUGGAUUUCUCCUACAGCGUUCUGGACUCAAUAAGUGACAACUUCGGAUUUUAGGGGAUGCAGGCCAAUGGCAACUGGCCUAUGAGUUAGGUUUCCAAUAUCUAGAAGAAUUAGACGACGGCUCCUCGAUGAUUUCAUCUAGUUGAGUGUGCAAGAGAGGGUAGUUUAAAGUAGCAAACACCUGUAUUAUCUGUUUUAGAAAUGAUAGUGUAGUUCCAUGGAAAUUUUGUAAAUAUUUUGAGAUACGUUAACUUAUUUUUUGAGAGUUUUAUUUACAGAUCCGGAAUUCAGAGUGCGUGGUGAAGAGAAGCCCCAAGAAGCAUAACAUCAUCGGAAGGAGUGAGGGCCUAAAGCGCAACUUCGCCAUGACGCCUACUGAAGCCCUGAUCGUGCAGUUUUUCAUUAUGAAUCUGAUUAUGUGUAUAUGCAUUUGUGUUGGUUAUUAUUUGGUUCAAUCCCUAGAGGACGAACUUCUUAUGUUAGUGGAUUUUGUGUUUACCCGUUUAGUUCGACAACCCAUGGUAAGAGCUCUUGAUAACCCAAGUGACGAGCGUGCAGCAUAAUUCAGCUAUGCCUUCAGCAAGGGGGGAUGUCAAAACCCAAGGGUGUGAUUUUUGUUUGUGUGCGCUUCGGCACUGCUGAAUUAUUUCCCGCCACUUGUAGCUUUCUUUGCAGGGUGCAUUUCUUCGUUGCAACACAGAAAUGCACAUUGCAAGGAGUUCCCGCCAUUUGUAUUCAGAUUUGUACCCCACUAUUGGUCAGUUCUAAAUUAUUCCUACAUGGCGGCUAGUGAUUGGCUUGCUAGCCGUAUAAGAGGCUUGAGUGGUUUCCGCCCAAGUUGGAGGACUCCACGACCAUCAGGAGGAGGAGAACUUCACGUCUCGUGAAGAUCUCUAAGCGCUGCGGAGCCUAUCGGACCCAGCGUGUAUCUCAAGAAGGCUAUAGGGGUCUGAUCAACCUCUCGCCUCUCCCCGUCGCCGCUUGAUCCCUCGACGUACCCUUCCCUGCGCGCAAAGUUCCACGGAGCCUAGCAAACUUCGUGUGAGUGAAUCCAGAGCUCUACCCGGGGUUCGAGUCCUGCAGUUUUUUUUCUUCCCAUCGCCGAAAGCCCAUUGCGACGUACUCCUGAGGUUUUUGUUCAUCUCCCGUCGCCGAAACCCCAUUGCGACGUACCCUUACGUUCUGCAGGUUCGAGUUUUUUGUUUUGUUUUGUAACCGCAACUCAAGCAAGUUUUCCUGCCUGCACCGCGACCAUCUUCAGUGUAAGUAAAAUAAUCUUAAAUCAA